CAUACAGUCAGCAGUCAGAACUGAGCAUUCAGCUGAGAACAUCGAUUGCCCAGAGCUACCAGAGCUUCCAGUGCUUGAGCCGCUUGAGCCACAGAGAAGGGAAUGAUGACACGAGUGACACAGUGACACAUCAGAACGUCCCAAGGAAAAGCACAACAACACAUAUAGCCAGCCACUCCUUGAUUGUGGUCCUUGAUCAAGCCCCGCCCGCCCAUGGGUGCCACCCGUACUACCACCGCAUACUAAACCCUGUUCCUGGUUCCUUUUCACACUCAAAAGUAGUCCUCCUUCGUCUCACGACAUGACGGAAGAUGACGAGAGCUACAGCAGCGGUGGGGAAAACGACCCCGACGAACCUCAUCCAGAGGCCGAGGAUCAUGAUCCCGGUGCCCCCAGCCCAAUGCGAGCGCGUCAUCGAGGCCCGCCAGCGCCAGCCCCGUCUCGCGAUCUCAAUCCCCAGGAAAUGGACAAGUUGGUCCAGCUCCAAUCCAUCACGGGCAUUGAGGACCUGCAGAUUUGUCGGGCUUUGCUCGAAAGUCAAGAGUGGGACCUGGAGGCCGUGGCCCGGGCACAACUCAACCUGCCUCGGGCACCGGAUUCGCCGCGACCCCCCGGGCCUCGCAGACCGCCUCCGGCCUUGGUGGAGGCGGCUAAUGUGCGUCGGGUGCCAGUUCGAGCCCGAGCAGCCCAAGUUCAACCCGUGGGGGUGUGGGGCCGGCUCUUGGGCUGGGGUGUGCAGUGGCUACAGUGGCCUUGGGUAGCCUCGUGGACCCUGUUUCGGGCCACGUUUCAGAGCAUUUUUGGCAUGUUGGGUCUGCUGCCGGGUCCAGGUGGUACAGGUCGGGCCCUGGCCCGAUCGGCCAAUGCGGCGGACGAUGUCAGACGAUUCCAGAGCCAGUUUGAGGCCGACUUCGGGCCCGUGCAUCCGCCAUUUUUCCGCGGAACGUAUUCGCAGCUCUUGGAAGCCGCCAAGAAAGACCUGAAGUUUGUGCUAGUGUACAUUCAUAGUGCCGAGCAUGAAGAUACUCAAGCCUUCUGCCGCUCGACCUUGGCCACUUCGGGGCUGUCGGACUUUGUCACCCAGCGAGACAUUCUAUUUUGGGGCGUGUCGACCGAUUCGUACGAAGGUCAUCGGGUGUCCCAAGCGCUCCGAGAAAGCACUUACCCUUUCCUGGCUGUGAUCGUGCUUCGUCAGCAUCGAAUGAUGUUGGUUGGCCGGAUUGAAGGCUCGCUCAGCCUGGACGAGCUCACGCCGCGUCUGGAGCGCAUUAUUAAUGACAACGAAGCCUUCAUAGUGGCCGCUCGGGCCGAUCGGGAAGAGAGGCAUUUGAAUCAAACGAUCCGCCAGGAACAGGAUGCGGCGUUUCAGGAGACACUCCGCUUGGAUCAGGAGAAGCAGCGCAAGCGACAAGAGGCCGAGGAGCAAAAGCAACGGGAAGCGGAGGAAGAGCAACAGCGACUUCGCGACGAGCAGGAACGGAAAGAGCGCAUUCAACGGAUGAAAAUCGAGCUCGUGAGUGAGAUCCCGGAAGAGCCGGCCAAGGAGGACGCCGAAGCCGUGAGGGUGUUGAUUAAACUCCCUGGAGGUCAGAGGUUGGAGCGAAGGUUCCUCAAGAGUGACUCGCUCAAAUGUUUGUACUAUUACGUGUUUUGCCACCCGGACUCACCCGAUGAGUUUGACAUCACGACCAAUUUUCCGAAAAAAGUGCUCAAGUGCAAACCGGACGACGAGCCGAGCUCGUUUCAAGAGUCCGGUUUAGGGCGCUCGGAAAUGUUGUUUGUCAAUGACUUGGAAGCGUAAACUGUGUUGACCUCAGAUCCCGCUGGGUCGCUUGCCUUCUCUUUCUUUCUGUCUCGGUGCGAAUGGAAGUCGGGAUUGUGCCAGUGCAAAAGAUAUGUAUCACCAUUUUCCUCCCGGGAGGUGGCAAGAAUGAAAUGGCUUACAGAGUUUGCGCCAUGUUGUUGGGAUGAUAAUCUAUAUAUGAUUAUUGCGAUUACAUUAGGAAUUCUAAUAAAAUUGAUUAAAAAAAGCA